CGUGGAACACACCAUGGAUGGUGAAGGGGGAAGGAGCUUCCGCUCGCUGCCGGCGCCUUCCACAGUCUCUUCAAGAACGGGCCUUGAAAAGAAUAUCAUUCCUCACUCGACGAGUCGACUGCGGAACCAAAAGCGACAAAUGAGCUGCCAAACUUGAACUUCUCAUCAUUUUCGCCGGGUGUUCAAACCAAGUCAUUCCAGAAUCCCACGAGUGACUCAAUUCCAGCGACGGAACAGCAUCAAAUCUCUCAUCCAUCCAUUACAUGGCAUCACCUUAACCUUCAAAGAUCACCCAGCAGCUUCCUUGUGUAUCUCCGGUCCCCAAAUUGAACUUCAAACGGCCCAAGUAUGUGGAGAGAAUCCAUCCUCACCCUUUCCCAGCCUCCUCCAGCAGUAAUCGAGCGCGGCCGGCCCGUCGAACCACCAGUCACCGUCACCCUCGAGCUAAUCUUCCACAACUACCGCCCUGCCGACAACAAGGGCCCGGGGAUCGACCCCCCACGCUUCUCCGCCAUCGCCAACCCUGUCGACCGCGAGGGCAAGGACAUGGCCCGCACACUGGCCGAUGUGGCUACCCUGAUGGUCCCGGGGACUAUUUCCUGCUGGGAUCGCACCGCUGGUAAUACCAAUACUGAUGGGGAGGGAAAUGAUAAGGGUACGGGUGUUGUGAGGAUCACGAUUGAGUUUCUUUUUCACGAUCUGGUGUUUCGACGGGAGGGGGAGUUUCAGUUGAGGAUACGGAUUCGGGCUGCGCCGGACAUGGACAUGGACAUGGACAUGGAGUCGGAGUGUGUUUCGGGACUGGGCCUGGAUGGGAUGGGGCGAAGUGUGAAGAGUUGCUAUACCGACUGGUUUAGGGUUGUGGAUACGGAGUGACUCAGUGACAGAGGAGUUGAUGAUGGAUGGAUAGGGAUGGGGAGGGAUGGGCAUUACUCGAGUGAUGGAUCAUCGUGAAUCUGAUGGGGGGAGGCAAGUUGAAGUCAAGGUUUGGU